GCAGCGGGUAAACUACUGUAAUAUUACCGGUUGGUCCAGUUAUAACAGAUGGGUCAAAAGCCUCAAAGGUAUAAGACUUGUUGGGUGGAGGGGAGGUUUAAGGGAGAAUGAGAGAGAAGAGGGAGAGAAAGAGGGUGGUCUUUCGGGUGGGGGGUUUUGAUGAUCAGAUGACAUGCUGCUCUGUCUUUUCAUUUGUCAUGUUUGCUUUCCUUGACACUCUUUCUUCAAACACAUGCACGCUGGGAUGAAUUAUAUUUGACAAUUCUCCCCCAACAAAAAUUUUCACCACUCCUGCAGAGUCUGAAGACAGAUGCUUUAGAUUCAUCUAUUCUUGAAUUUUUCGCCAUUUAUGGGGUGAAUGCCCAGGGUAGAGUUCCUACUUGCCCAUUUCAAUGCUCAUCCUCUUGGGAUAUGUAAACUCAAGAAAGCUGUUUUAUGUCUUCUUACUAUGAAUGUCUGAGAUAUGGUGUUGCAGAAGAGGUUAGAUUAUGGAUUCAGUGGCUACCAGGUCCCCUGGGUCCCUCGGGCUUCUAGAUCACCUAGGGGGAGGGGGUCCUCCAAGAAGAAACUUGAGGAUGAUCGGAUAUAUGCAUUUGAAGUUUUGGCUUCUCUAGCUGGAAAAUUAUUACAGGAAAGAGAAACUUCUGCUUCAAUCAGUGAUGCUAGCAGAAAAAAUCAGCAUACUGUUGUUAAAUGUGAGACCCAUGACAAAGGACAUCAGAUAAAACUGGAACCCCGUGAUGAGAAUACCUUAGCUUAUGUUCCUCAUGCAAAUGAUGAUUUGAGCUUGAAAAUAAGUUCAACGAUUAAUUCUGAUCUGCCAGAGAAUGUAUGCUUUUCUGAUAAGUUGGAUGUUGACUGUAGGCAAAAAGCACGUGGAAGCUCUCCCAGCAAAGUAGCAGGAGAUUUCCCUUGCUGUGGGAUAUUUUUUGAAGGAAAUGUAGACAGUGUAAUUGAAAAAAAUUUGGAAGUAGAGCCACAGGAAAUUAGAGGCAUGGUUAGCAAAACGCAUCCUAAGAAAGGAAGUUCAAAAGAUCUAGGAGAGUUGGACAGGGCAACUCUUGCACCCGUCCAUUUAGACAACAAUGCAAAGGCAUCUUUGUUUAGUGAUCACAUGAAUUGUGGUCCUUCUCCUAGGUGUCAAGAAAAUAUGGAAGUAGUUAGUGGGGAUGAUGACGAAAACUCUUCGGGGUGCUCUCAACCUGGCACCAUAAUGAAAACCUAUACACCAAGACGACAUAUUGGAAAUCAAAGAAUAAGGAAAUUAUCAGCUUCCAGAUGUUGGGGAGGAACUCCAAAUCUGAAGGAUGGAGGAUUUUUAAACACUGAUCGAAAAAGAAAGCCAGUUUACUGGACCUGGAAAACUUGUUACCCACGUCGAAGAUCUCAGAGGAUCUCUCCUUUUAAGAGGAGGAAGUUGCUUGAUCAAAACCCAGAAUCUACAUCUGACAGAGGGUUGAGAAGGAAGUUGCUUGAUCAAAACCCAGAAUCUACAUCUGACAGAGGGUUGAGGAGGAAGUUGCACAAUCAAAACCUAGAAUCUGCAUUUGACAGAGGGUUCAGCUGUGCAGGCAUGUAUAAUUCCCAUAAUAAGGGAAAAAAGAGUGAGAACAGUAGUGCAGCAGGUGGAGCAUCAUCUUCAGUAGCAGGCCAACAAGCACCUUCCCACUCCCGGGAUUGUAAUGUAAAGCUUAGCAUCAAGUCCUUCAGGGUGCCAGAGCUGUUUGUGGAGAUUCCUGCAACUGCAACUGUUGGUUCACUGAAGAGGACAGUUAUGGAGGCAGUGACCGCUGUACUUGGAGGUGGACUACAUGUUGGCAUACUUCUUCAGGGAAAGAAGGUUGGAGAUGACAGUAAAACUCUACUUCAGAGUGGAAUUUCUCAAGGUGACAAGCUUCGUACUUUGGGUUUUAUGUUGGAACCUAGAUGCACACAAAUUCCACCAUCUCUGUGUGCUGAAGACCCGGCUGUUUUCCUUCAUGGCUGCACACCUCAACAUUUAACUAGUUUUUCUACAACCCCCACUUCAGGGCCAGGGACCUCCAAAAUUUCCCCAGAUCCUCCUGUUACAAAUUUGAGCAAGUGUGUCCAAAGAAACCAUGAUACAGCUCCUUCUCAUACUGACAUUUCAACUGACAAAACCAUACCAGAGUCCAGAGCUCUGCUUGCAGUCCCUAGUGUAAGCUUGAAGCCACUGGCUAUGGUUCCCUUUCAUCAGAAAUCUAGGCGUCCUGAGUUUGUACAGCGCCGAAUCAGGAGACCUUUCUCUGUUUCAGAAGUAGAAGCACUGGUUCAGGCCGUUGAGAAUCUCGGAACUGGCAGGUGGCGUGAUGUUAAACUCUGUGCUUUUGAUGGUGCAAAGCAUCGAACUUACGUGGACUUGAAGUCAACAGGAAUGGUGCAGGAUAAAUGGAAGACAUUGGUGCACACAGCAAAAAUCUCCCCUCAGCAAAGGAGGGGGGAGCCUGUCCCUCAGGAGCUUCUAGACAGGGUUCUAGCUGCCCAUGCCUACUGGUCUCAACAGCAGGUAAAAGUAGAGGUCUGAGGCUUUCCCUCCUCUGUGAAAAAAUACAGGGGAGGUAGAGAUGUAAGGCCCAAGCGUGGAUUCUCUAUGAUGUAUCAUGUAAAUUGGUGAAAGAAGGGAGAAAUUAUGUAAGAAUUUUUUUCAUGUAUUAUGCACAUACUCAUCUUCACUCAUAUAGCCCGGCACCUUCAUUCCUCAUGAGGAGUUGGGUGAUCCACAACCUAUUGAUUCAAAGAAGAGCAGCAUACUGACAGAAUCACUCAAUCCGGUGCCGAAUUUCAACAACUUGUUGUCUUUACUCCUGACAAAGAAAACUAACAUGUAGUCCAAUAGGUUUAAGUGUAUUAGUCUCUAAUUUAUUUCCAUGUUAUUGUUUAUGUAAUUAUUCUUGUAAUUUCGAAGGAGAUAUAUUAUCAGUUGUGGGGAAGGGAGCUGCAUAUUUUGAUUUA